AUGCCGAUCGAGAUUGUGUGCAAAAUCAAAUUUGCAGAGGAGGAUGCGAAACCCAAGGAGAAGGAGGCAGGGGAUGAGCAAAGCCUCCUGGGGGCUGCACAGGGGACAGCAGCCCCCCGGGACCUGGCCACCUUUGCCAGCACCAGCACUCUGCACGGCCUGGGCCGGGCCUGUGGCCCGGGCCCCCACGGACUGCGCAGAACCCUGUGGGCACUGGCCCUACUCACCUCGCUGGCCGCCUUUCUGUACCAGGCUGCCGGCCUGGCCCGGGGCUACCUGACCCGGCCUCACCUGGUGGCAAUGAACCCUGCCGCCCCAGCCCCAGUGGCGGGCUUCCCGGCGGUCACCCUCUGCAACAUCAACCGCUUCCGGCACUCGGCCCUCAGCGACGCCGACAUCUUCCACCUGGCCAACCUGACAGGGCUGCCCCCCAAAGACCGGGACGGGCACCGCGCCGCUGGCCUGCGCUACCCGGAGCCUGACAUGGUAGACAUCCUCAACCGCACUGGCCACCAGCUUGCCGACAUGCUCAAGAGCUGCAACUUCAGUGGGCAUCACUGUUCCGCCAGCAACUUCUCCGUGGUCUAUACUCGCUAUGGGAAGUGUUACACCUUCAACGCGGAUCCACAGAGUUCGCUGCCCAGUCGGGCAGGGGGCAUGGGCAGUGGCCUGGAGAUCAUGUUGGACAUCCAGCAGGAGGAAUACCUGCCCAUCUGGAGAGAGACAAACGAGACAUCGUUUGAGGCUGGCAUCCGAGUGCAGAUCCAUAGCCAAGAGGAGCCCCCCUACAUCCACCAGUUGGGCUUCGGUGUGUCCCCAGGCUUCCAAACCUUCGUGUCCUGCCAGGAACAGCGGCUGACCUAUCUGCCCCAGCCCUGGGGUAACUGCCGGGCGGAGAGCGGGCUCCGGGAGCCUGAGCUUCAGGGCUACUCAGCCUACAGCGUGUCUGCCUGCCGGCUGCGCUGUGAGAAGGAGGCCGUGCUUCAGCGCUGCCAGUGCCGGAUGGUGCACAUGCCAGGCAAUGAGACCAUCUGCCCGCCAAAUAUCUACAUCGAGUGUGCCGACCACACACUGGACUCCUUGGGUGGGGGCUCCGAGGGCCCGUGUUUCUGCCCUACUCCCUGCAACCUGACUCGCUACGGGAAAGAAAUCUCCAUGGUCAGGAUCCCCAACAGGGGCUCAGCCCGGUACCUGGCAAGGAAGUACAACCGCAAUGAGACCUACAUCCGGGAGAACUUCCUGGUCCUCGAUGUCUUUUUUGAAGCCCUGACCUCUGAGGCCAUGGAGCAGAGAGCAGCCUAUGGCCUGUCAGCCCUGCUGGGAGACCUCGGGGGACAGAUGGGUCUAUUCAUCGGGGCCAGCGUCCUCACACUACUGGAGAUCCUGGACUACAUCUAUGAGGUGUCCUGGGACCGACUGAAGCGGGCGUGGCGUCGUCCCAAGACCCCCCUGCGGACCUCCACUGGGGGCAUCUCCACCCUGGGGCUGCAGGAGCUGAAGGAGCAGAGCCCAUGCCCCAGCCGGGGCCGUGCUGAGGGCGGGGGAGCCAGCGGCCUGCUCCCCAACCACCACCACCCUCCUGGCCCCCGAGGAGGCCUCUUUGAAGACUUUGCUUGCUAG